GACUGACGGACUGAUUGCUUGUUUUUUUUCUUUGGCCUCAGACGAGAACCGCUCGCUCCGAAGUAGAGGCUCAAACCGCAGCAGCAGCCGGAAGAAGCGGACGCCGUUGCUGCCGGGACUUAGAUCUGGGCGAAAUGGAGGCCAAGGACGUCGCGCCGCUCCCCGCCGCCACCGCUGCCGGCCCCGCGCCGCCCGUGCCGGCCCCGGUCUCGCAGGCUAAGCCGGCGCCGCAGCCGGUCACCUCGAUGCCGCCGCACGCGCACCCACAGCCACCUCCAACCUCCAUGCCGCCCCACCCGCUCCCGUUCGCCCACCACCAGCCCCACCAGCACCAGCACCAGCAGCCGCAACACCAUCAGCAGCAGCCGGCGCCCGGCUCGGGGACCCCGCCGGCGCCCAUGCCGGGGAGCGGCAUGCGCCUCUCCUUCGACCAGAUGGUCGGCAAGCCGCCCGGGGAGCCCCAACACCACCAGCAACACCCGCACCCGCACCAGCAGCACCACGCCCCGGGCCCCAUGCUCUACAACGCGCCGCAGCCCUACGCGACGAUCCCGCCGCCGGGCGCCAAUGCGCUCGGGAUGGGCGAGCUCAUGCGCAAGAAGCGGGGCCGCCCGCGCAAGUACGCGCCAGACGGGAGCAUGGCCCUCGCGCUCGCGCCCCUCUCCUCCGCCUCCGGUGGCGCGCCCACGCCGCCGCCCGGACAGCAGCAGCAGCCGCCGCACGGAUUCUCCAUCAGCAGCCCCCCGUCAGAUCCCAACGCCAAGCGCCGCGGCCGCCCCCCUGGCUCCGGCAAGAAGAAGCAGUUCGAAGCACUCGGUUCUUGGGGCAUCUCCUUCACUCCGCACAUCCUCUCCGUCAAGGCCGGCGAGGAUGUUGCUUCAAAAAUAAUGUCCUUCUCUCAGCAAGGACCCCGCACGGUUUGCAUUCUUUCAGCGAAUGGUGCAAUAAGCAAUGUGACACUUCGGCAGCCUGCUACAUCUGGUGGACUAGUGACUUAUGAGGGGCGCUUCGAGAUCAUUUCUCUUUCUGGUUCUUUCCUGCUUGCGGAGGAUGGUGACACUCGUAGCAGGACUGGUGGAUUGAGCGUUGCACUUGCAGGAUCUGAUGGCCGGGUGCUUGGUGGAUGUGUAGCUGGGCAGCUAACGGCUGCUACACCUGUUCAGGUUGUUGUUGCUAGUUUCAUAGCUGAAGGUAAGAAGUCAAAGCCGGCUGAGCCAAGGAAGGUUGAACCAAUGUCCGCGCCUCCACAGAUGGCCACCUAUGUGCCAGCUCCAGUGGCCAGCCCUCCCUCUGAGGGCACAUCCAGUGGAUCGUCUGAUGACUCUGGCAGCCCCAUGAACCAGGGCGGGAUGCCCUACAACCACUCUGGGCAGCCGCAGCAGCAGCCGCCGCACCCUCAGCAGCACAUGCCCCCUGCGUACGCAUCUGGCGGCUGGUCGCUCUCGCACCAUCAGAACAACAACAGGCAUGACGCUGACAUGAAGAUGAUGUCGAAUUAACACCGCAUAUUCUCAGCCUUUGAAGAGAGCCUUAUUUGUUGGCUGGGCUGGAGAGGAGGAGCUGAUAGUUUUCUGGCCGACCUGCUAGCUAGGAGAUUUAGGUUCAUCAUGAUCUCACCUGCUGUUUUUUCCUAAGAUUAAUCUAGCUGCUGUCUGUAAUGCUGUGGCUCUUGUAAGCCGCAGUCACUAACGUGAGUUAUUAUCGUCGUCAUGUACUGGUGCCUUCUGAGAUCUUUACCGCUUAGGCUAGUCGUUUGAUUGCUCUCUGCUGUGGAUCAUGAAUUCUGUAGGAUGUUUUCUUUAUUUCAAUUCAAGAACUUUAGGA